AUGUUGUUCUUCAUCUUUUCUUCAUUCGCUUUAAUGGCCUCAGCAGUCGUCAUCCCAGGCCCUCCCGGCCCAUACCUCGUUGCCUUGCGGGUGAAAGCGUUCGAAGACGCAGCACGAUGGGACCCUCACGCCCCUCAAGACCAACCUGAGAAGCGCAGAGUUAUGGUCUCCGUCCACGUUCCCCUGAAGAAGGAAUCGAAAUGUUCCAUCGAAACCGUUCCCUAUGUGCCGCCUACCACAGCAGUCGCCCUCGGCCAAGGGGCCGCGACCCUGUUUGGACUACCGGACACCAUCUUUUCCGGGAUGGAGCUUGAGUUCUGCAACAUCGAUACUUCUUGCGCCGGGGCCGAGAAAAAUGAAGAGUACCCUCUCGUUCUCUUCUCACACGGACGAGCUAGCUCAAGACUUGCGCAUGGUGUGCUGGCGCGGUCUCUUGCUAGUUAUGGGUACAUCGUCGUCACUCUGGACCAUACGUACGAUGCCGCGAUCGUUGAGUUCCCUGAUGGAGUUAUCAGAUUUGCGGAGAACGCGACGAAUAGCGACACGGCUUACGUUAAGAGCCUUCUUGAGAGUCGUCAGAAAGAUGUCUCUUUCAUAAUCGACCAGCUUCUGGACCCUUCGGUAGCUACACCGCUCCUCGCUGGGACUCAGGCUUCCAUCAACCCAGAGAAGAUCUUCAUCGCCGGUCAUUCCUUCGGAGGCGCUACGGUAGCCUCAUCCCUCUAUGUCGAUGACCGCAUCCUCGGCGGCCUCAACUUCGACGGUCAGAUGCUCGGACCAGUCCUGGCCGAGGGAAUCGAUAAGCCCCUGGUGCUGGUCGGCACACCGACGACGUUUGACUACAUUUCCGGCUGGAACGAGACUUGGGCUAAUCUGCGCGGCCCGUCCUUGAUGUUGGUCGUCAACGGGACAACCCACAUGUCUUUCUUUGACGCUCCGCAACUUCCGGCCGUCAAGGCUCUGCCCAUAGAGUAUUCCGAUCUCAUCAAGCAGGUUUUGGGCACCAUAGACGACGAUGUGUUGGCCAAGAUUGAGAUUGAACUCUUACGGAGGACAUUGGACUUUGUCUUGGAGGGUAAGAAAGAAGCGUUGUGCAACAUUGAGAGCGUCGGCCCUGGUGUUGGCCAGCUGCGAGUCAAGAAUUUGAAGUGCUCUUAA